CCCAACUGUACCCGAAGCUCCUUAUUAAUGUCACACGAAGUUGAGUUCAACAUAGCUAUAUCUAAAUACUAUACGAUCUGCAGAGAGUGAAAGGAAGAAGGAAAAUGACUAAUCCACAUAUUGUUGUUGUACCUGCUCCUAAGCAAGGCCAUGUAGUUCCUCUAAUGGAGCUCUCUCUGUGCUUGGUCAAACAUGGCUUCAGAGUCACAUUCGUAAACACCCUGUUCAAUCAGGAAGUGAUUGUGAGUGCAUGCAAAAGGGAUAAUGUAGGGAACCAACUUCAUCUGGUUUCAGUCCAAUAUGGGUUGGGAUCAGAUGAUCAUGGCAGGAAUGAUAAUUCAGGGAAGUCAACUGCAGAAUUCUUGAGGGCUUUGCCCAAGAGGCUGGAGGAGCUUAUAGAAGAGAUCAAGGGAGGUGGUGGUGGUGAUGAGAUUGCUUGCGUUGUCGUGGAUUGGGGUAUAGGGUGGAUCCUCGAUGUGGCUGCAAAGAUGGGAAUUCCGCGAGCAGCCUUCUAUACUGCAUCAGCCACAACCUUUGCUUUGUCGUUACGCAUUCCAAAGCUGAUUAGUGAUGGCAUUCUAAACAAUGAUGGAACUCCAACGAAAGAGCAAAUGUUUCAGUUGUUGCCAACUGUUCCUCCCAUCAGUACUAAAAACUUUCACUGGACUCGUGUAGGUGACUUGGCCAUGCAGAAAUUUGUGUUUGAAAUUAUAGAAAAAGGUAACAAAGCUGUGAAAGAGGCAGACUGGCUGUUUUGCAACUCAACUUAUGAAUUUGAGCCUGAAGCAUUUUCCUUAGCUCCACAGAUGAUACCUAUAGGCCCACUUUUAGCAAGCAAUAGACUUGGAAAUUCUCUGGGAAGCUUGUGGCCAGAAGAUUUAACUUGUUUGAAAUGGCUGGAUCAACAGUCACCUUGCUCAGUCAUAUAUGUUGCUUUUGGAAGUAGCACAACUAAUUUUAAUCAUAACCAAUUCCAAGAACUGGCACUGGGGCUUGAACUCUCCAACAUGCCAUUCCUGUGGGUUGUACGAUUGAACUCUACUGAUGGUAUAAAUGAUGCAUACCCAGAAGGAUUUCUUGAUAGAGUGGCCACUCGAGGGAAGAUUGUGGACUGGGUUCCUCAACAGAAGGUUCUGAGUCAUCCUUCUGUUGCUUGCUUUUUAAGCCAUUGCGGUUGGAACUCUACCAUGGAAGGCGCGAGCAAUGGGCUCCCUUUCUUGUGUUGGCCAGUCUUUGCUGAUCAGUUUAUUAAUAAAAGCUACAUUUGUGAUGUUUGGAAGGUUGGAUUAGGGUUUGAUCCAGAUGAAACUGAGAUUGUCAGGCGAGAAGAAAUUAAAAAUAAGGUGGAGCAGCUACUUGGUGACAAAAAUUUGAAGGAAAGAGCUUCAAGUCUAAAGGAAGUGGCCUCCAACAGCGUGAGAGAAGGCGGUUCCUCUUAUAGUAAUUUCCAACGUUUCACUGAAAGGCUAAAGGCUGACAAGGGUUUUUUCAACACUUUGUUUGAUUGUCUUUGUGUUCCUUUUACAAUGCGCUUAUGAUCUCCACCAAGGUUUGAAACUGUUAUGCUUUUUCCGGCCUUCAAUCCGCCAUAUAUAGGAGAUGGAGCCAACCUUACCAUGUUUGAUAAGAAAUAAACAGUAUCUCAGAUCCUGGAACAA